AUCCCGUACAUCUCUAGGAUGAACCUAACCCGCAGCGAAUCCGCGCUCUGGCCCUCCGCGUGAUGACCUCCAUCCGCGUGCCGGACAUCUGGCAACUGCAGUUAAUGGCGGUGAAGAACUGCGUGGUGGACAGCGUUCCGUUCGUCCGCAAGAUCGCUGCGCACUCGCUGCUGAAGCUCUACCAAUGGGACCCUUCGCAAGAAGAGAGCGUGAUCGCCAUUCUGAAGGUGCUGCUGCGCGAAGUGAACGCCUUGGUGUUCAGCAGCGCGAUCAUCGCCUACAGCGAGAUCUGCCCCACUCGCUACGAGCUUCUCUACCCCUGCUACCGUCGCAUGCUGGACAUGCUGCCCAUGAUGGACGAGAGCGCGCAGGUGGUGGCGCUCACCGUGCUCAUGAAGUUCGCUCGCACGCAGUUCCUCCAGCCGAAGGCCUCCGACCUGCUCGACGUGGAGCGCGUGGUGAAGAAGCCGAUCGUGGCGCAGGCGACGACGAAGGCCGCGAAGAAGGAGGCGGCCAGCAAGGCCGCGAAGAAGCUGGAUGCUUUUUAUGGAGACGAGGACGACGAAUCCUAUUCCUACAGCGAGAGCGAGAGCCAAUCCGAGCCCGAGCCGGAGCCCGCCGCGGCGGAGGCCAAGCCGCAGAGCGAGCAGUCUGCGGAAGCCGCGCCGGCGAAGGUGGACGAGGACUUGGUGCGCUUGCUGCAAGUGGCCAUGGAGCAGCUGGAGUCGAUCAACAGCUCGGUGGUGCUGGCCGCCGCGUCGCUGCUGCUGCAUUUGGCCCCCGAGGACACGUCCUUCGUGACCAAGAGCGUGGACGCGAUGGUCCAUCUCCUCAACCGCAACGCGCGCUACAGCUUCUUCGUCCUCGACGCCAUCGACGAGCUCUCCGCGCUCUACCCCGACUACUUCCAGCCAUGGAUUCAAUGGUUCUUCCCGCGGAUCUCCGAGCCCGGCUUCGUGAUCUCGCAGAAGACGCGCAUUCUCUGCCGUCUCAUCAACGAGGACUCGGUCGCCCAGGUGCUGAAAGCGCUGCAGCCCUUCGCCGUCCAUCCCUCCAGCGACGUCGUCGUCAACCUCAUCCAGACGCUGCUGGUGAUCGCGCAGCGCCACGCGCCGUCUGCGAAGCUGUGUCUGCGCGUGUUCGUGCAGCUGUUGGAGGUGCGCGCGAGCGACGACACGAUCGUGCACGCGAGUUUGAUGGGCAUCGACCGCUUGCUGCCCAUUUUAGAUGACGCGGCGAAGCGCGAGGCGCUGCUCUGGGUGAUCAAAACGGUGCUGAAGCACGAGGGAAGCGACGUGUGCGACGGACUGCUCGAUCUGCUGCUGCGCCACGGCGACUGCGUGGUUCCGCAGACCGAGGAGGUGUGUCGAAUCAUGACGCAGCGCUACGCGACGCUGUCGCAGUCGACGCGUCUGACGCUGCUUCUCUUGCUGGUGAAGCUGGUGCGGAUCGACUCGGAGAACGAGCAGAUCCGCAAGAUGUUCGACUACGUGCUGGAGCUCAACGCGAAGGACAUCGACGUGGAAGUGCGCGUGCAGGCGCGGAACAUCCGAGCCGUACUUUGCUGUCUCCCAUCCACUCACCCCCAGCUCUUCACCUCGGAGAACCCCGCCGUGGAGGCGAUUCUGGACAAGAUCACGAAGCCCGACAAUCGUCCCAACGAGUAUCUCUCCGAGUGCCAUCUCUCCGACUACUACCUCGGCUCGCUCUCUCUCGCCGUAGGCUUCUCUCUCUCGUCUCUCGCUCACGCACAGCUCAACGAGAACUUCCACGGAUUCGUCCCGCUGCCCGACUGGACCGACACGCCCGUGCCCGGCGAACUGCGCGACCCCGCGGCCAUCGAGGCCAAGCAGCGCGCCGAGGAAGAGGCCAAGGAGCGCGAGCGACGCGCCAAGGAAAAGGCGGAGCGCGCGAAGGCGAAGGCGAAGACCGGAAAGGCGAUCAAGAAGGAGGUGGAAGAAGAGUAUUCGGAUUAUUCGUAUUCGGAUUAUUCGUACUCCGAUGAGGAAGAAGGAAAGGCGAAGCCCAAAGAUGGCAAGGCGAUCAAGAAGGAGGUGGGAGAGUACUCGGAUUACUCGUACUCGGAUUACUCGUAUUCGGAUGAGGAAGAAACCAAGGAGAAGAAGAAGAAGGAAGAAGAAGAAAAGCCGAAAAAGAAGGAGGAAGGAGAGGAAAAAACAACCAAGAAGGAUGAUGAGAAGCCGAAGGAGAAAGCUAAAGAGAGCAAGGAAGAGUACUCGGAUUAUUCGUACUCGGACUACUCGUACUCGGAUGUUUAA